ACGCCGGUAACAGCUGACUUGUGUGUGUCGCCUCGGGUCAAAUAAAAUAAAACUACUGUUUUAUUUGAUAUAUUUUAUUCGCGAAAAGUUUACUAGUGGAUAACUGAUUACAUAUAUUGUGGACAUUAGCAGUGAAUCGAAUUAAACGAUCUUAGGAUUAGUUUUGUACCAGCCCCAGUGUUACGGUGACUAAACCUACCCUGUUGCAUAAAAAAAAAAAAAAUCCUUAACUUCUGUGCGAGUCUCGCGUGUGUGUUAUUCCAAAUACUGCAACACAAAAUAUCAUGGCCAAAUGCGGUGGAUGUGGUCAAUUUAUUGCUGCGACAGCAAGCAUUCGGUGUGGCAAGUGCGCGGUCUGCUACCACCGCGCCUGUGUGGGAGUACCGCCUUCAGCAACCCCCUCGCCUGCAUGGCUGUGUCCUGGAUGCAAGGCGAAACUUCCCAAGACCGACAAUUCUGCGACACCGGUCAAAGGUGCAGCGGCGGAUUGCUCGGUCCCAAAUAGUCCCCCCACCGUCGCCCCCCCCGUGAGUCUGGAUUUGGCGCAUGAGAUCAGAGCUUUUAGGGAGGAGUUAAGCGCUCUAAGGGUCGAUAUACGCGAGCUACGGCAGGAAAAUGCACAAUUUAGAGCUGCCAUAAACGGUUGCAAUGAGCGGCUGGACGCGGUAGUGCACAGGGUGGACAGCCUCGAGCAGCGGUUCGAGGCGAAGGACACCUCAUCGUAUGACCACCUGGAGGAGACGAUCGCUGACUUAAAACUUCAACUAAACGAGCGCGAUCAGGACCUUUUGUUGAACGACGUCAUCGUGUCGGGUAUACCGGAGUCGAAGUCCGAGAAUCCGGCGCACAUACUUAAAACACUGUCGCUGAAGCUGGGGGUCGACCUUGACGAUAGGGAUAUAGUAAACGUCGAGCGACUCGGCAUGGUGCGUCGUAAUUUUAUCGCCGGUUCAUCCCAGCACGACAUAACGGAGCAUCCGCGGCCGCGCGCCAUCGCGGUGCGCCUUUCUCGCCGUACGGUGCGAGACAAACUAAUUCAAGCGGCGCGCGUGCGUCGCGGCCUCACCACUGCGGACCUCGAUCUACACGGCCAGCCUCGGAGGGUGUUUGUAAAUGAGCACUUGACUCGCUCUAAUGCAAAGUUAUUCCAUCUAGCUCGAGAGGCUGGGCAGCGUUCAAAGUACAAGUACGUAUGGACAAGGGAGGGACGCAUCUACGUGCGGAAGGAGGACGGCGUCUCUGCUGUGCGCAUUCGCUCGCACGCAGAUAUCAGAAAAACUUUUGGGGACGGUUAUGUUUGAUGAGUGUGGGUGUUAAUAGAUAUUUCUGUUCGGUUUGUGUAUUUCACUUUGUUUUCAUUUUUUUGCUGUAUACCCUUUAUCUUGUUGAC